AACAUGAACAUGAUGAAGAACUUCACGUUGCGCGGACGAGAAGAAGGAAAUGAACAAGAUGUGGACGUAGGUCGUGUCUCUCGCAGCUCUUCCGACAGUGUUGAUGAUGUUGAUGUUUCUGGUCCUUUUGUGAGCUGCAACAAUAUGUCGGGGCUUCGUUCCACCUCGUCUGGGUCCUGUAGUACGUAUGGGCAGCAACAACAAUCAGAAAUCAGUGAAGAGUCGGGCGAACGUGGACAAGCAUCAAAUGGAGGACGAGCAUCAAGAAAUGGAGCAUCUUCAAUUCAUGGAACAUCUUCAAUUCUAGGACCCUCCUCGAGGACAUCAGAUCUUCACUUUCUCGCACGACCCUCUUUUUCCUCUAGUACAACUUCCCCUGCUCCUGCUGUGGAUCAACCUGUAGUACUGUCUGAACUGCACCCGAAGAAGACGAAGAGUGC